CCCAGCCUGGGACCAGAGCCAGAUCCGAGCUCUCCAUCCUGUCCUACCGGUAGCCCCCAGUGACAGAUCUGGGACCAUCAGCCACCAUGGCACAGAAAGGACAACUCAGCGACGAUGAGAAGUUCCUCUUUGUGGACAAAAACUUCAUUAACAGCCCAAUGGCCCAGGCCGACUGGGUGGCCAAGAAGCUGGUAUGGGUCCCUUCAGAGAAGCAGGGCUUUGAGGCAGCCAGCGUCAAGGAGGAGAAGGGUGAGGAGGUGGUUGUGGAGCUGGUGGAAAAUGGGAAGAAGAUCACAGUGGGCAAAGAUGACAUCCAAAAAAUGAAUCCACCCAAGUUCUCCAAGGUGGAAGACAUGGCAGAGCUGACAUGCCUCAAUGAGGCCUCUGUGCUGCACAACUUGAGGGAGCGAUACUUCUCGGGCCUAAUCUAUACCUACUCCGGCCUCUUCUGUGUGGUGAUCAACCCCUACAAGCACUUACCCAUCUACUCAGAAAAGAUCGUGGACAUGUACAAGGGCAAGAAGAGGCACGAGAUGCCACCCCACAUCUACGCCAUUGCUGACACAGCCUACAGAAGCAUGCUGCAAGAUCGUGAAGAUCAGUCCAUUCUGUGCACAGGUGAGUCUGGAGCUGGGAAAACAGAGAACACGAAGAAAGUAAUCCAGUACCUGGCUGUGGUGGCAUCUUCCCACAAGGGCAAGAAAGACAGUAGCAUCACGCAAGGCCCAUCUUUUGCCUACGGGGAGCUGGAAAAGCAGCUUCUACAGGCGAACCCUAUCCUGGAGGCUUUCGGCAAUGCAAAAACCGUCAAGAAUGACAACUCCUCUCGUUUUGGUAAGUUCAUCCGCAUCAACUUCGAUGUUACCGGUUACAUCGUGGGUGCCAACAUUGAAACAUAUCUUUUGGAAAAGUCCCGGGCAAUUCGUCAGGCCAGGGAUGAGAGAACAUUCCAUAUCUUUUACUAUCUGAUCGCUGGAGCCAAGGAAAAGAUGAGAAGUGACCUGCUUUUGGAGAGCUUCAACAGCUAUACGUUUUUAUCCAAUGGCUUCGUGCCCAUCCCAGCUGCUCAGGAUGACGAGAUGUUCCAGGAGACGCUGGAGGCCAUGUCCAUCAUGGGCUUCAAUGAAGAGGAACAGCUAGCUAUGUUGAAGGUGGUAUCCUCUGUCCUUCAGCUGGGAAACAUUGUCUUCAAGAAGGAACGAAACACAGACCAGGCAUCUAUGCCUGACAAUACAGCUGCUCAGAAAGUUUGCCACCUUGUGGGAAUUAAUGUGACAGAUUUCACCAGAGCCAUCCUGACCCCUCGUAUCAAAGUUGGACGGGAUGUGGUACAGAAAGCUCAAACCAAAGAACAGGCUGACUUUGCCAUUGAGGCCUUAGCCAAGGCCACCUAUGAACGCCUUUUCCGGUGGAUCCUCAGCCGUGUGAACAAAGCUUUGGACAAGACCCAUCGGCAGGGGGCUUCCUUCCUGGGCAUUCUGGAUAUUGCUGGGUUUGAGAUCUUUGAGGUAAACUCCUUCGAGCAGCUGUGCAUCAACUACACCAAUGAGAAACUGCAGCAGCUGUUCAACCACACCAUGUUCAUCCUGGAGCAGGAAGAGUACCAACGAGAGGGCAUUGAGUGGAACUUCAUUGACUUUGGCCUGGACCUGCAGCCCUGUAUUGAGCUGAUUGAGCGGCCGAACAACCCUCCAGGUGUGCUGGCCUUACUGGAUGAAGAGUGCUGGUUCCCCAAAGCCACGGACAAGUCUUUUGUGGAGAAGCUGUGCUCAGAGCAGGGCAACCACCCCAAAUUUCAGAAGCCCAAGCAGUUAAAGGACAAAACUGAAUUCUCCAUCAUCCACUAUGCUGGGAAGGUGGACUAUAAUGCAGCUGCCUGGCUGACCAAGAACAUGGACCCACUAAAUGACAACGUGACCUCACUCCUCAAUGCCUCUUCUGACAAGUUUGUUGCUGACCUGUGGAAGGAUGUGGACCGCAUUGUGGGCCUGGACCAGAUGGCCAAGAUGACCGAGAGCUCACUGCCUAGUGCCUCCAAGACUAAGAAAGGCAUGUUCCGCACUGUGGGCCAGCUCUACAAAGAACAGCUAGGGAAGCUGAUGACUACGUUGCACAACACCACGCCUAACUUUGUGCGCUGCAUCAUCCCCAAUCACGAGAAGAGGUCUGGCAAGUUGGACGCAUUUCUGGUGCUGGAGCAGCUGCGGUGUAAUGGCGUGUUGGAGGGCAUCCGCAUCUGCCGUCAGGGCUUCCCCAACAGGAUUGUCUUCCAAGAGUUCCGGCAACGCUAUGAGAUCCUGGCAGCGAACGCCAUCCCCAAAGGCUUUAUGGAUGGAAAGCAAGCUUGCAUUCUCAUGAUCAAAGCCCUGGAACUUGACCCCAACCUGUACAGGAUUGGGCAGAGCAAAAUCUUCUUCCGAACGGGAGUCCUGGCCCACCUGGAGGAGGAACGAGACCUGAAGAUUACUGAUGUGAUCAUGGCCUUCCAGGCGAUGUGUCGUGGCUACCUGGCCAGAAAGGCCUUCAUAAAGAGGCAGCAACAGUUGACAGCCAUGAAGGUGAUCCAGAGGAACUGUGCUGCCUACCUCAAGCUCCGCAACUGGCAAUGGUGGAGGCUCUUCACGAAAGUAAAGCCAUUGCUCCAGGUGACACGGCAGGAGGAGGAGAUGCAGGCCAAGGAGGAGGAGAUGCAGAAGAUCAAGGAGCGGCAGCAGAAGGCAGAGACUGAGCUAAAGGAGCUGGAGCAGAAGCACACACAGCUGGCUGAGGAGAAGAAUCUGCUGCAAGAGCAGCUGCAGGCAGAAACAGAGCUGUAUGCUGAGGCCGAGGAGAUGCGGGUCCGGCUGGCAGCCAAAAAGCAGGAAUUGGAAGAGAUCCUGCAUGAGAUGGAGGCCCGCCUGGAGGAAGAGGAGGACCGGGGCCAGCAACUGCAGGCUGAGAGGAAGAAGAUGGCUCAGCAGAUGCUGGACCUGGAGGAGCAGCUGGAGGAGGAGGAGGCUGCCAGGCAGAAACUACAGCUUGAGAAGGUCACAGCUGAGGCCAAGAUCAAGAAACUGGAGGAUGACAUCUUGGUCAUGGAUGAUCAGAACAACAAACUUUCAAAAGAACGAAAACUCCUAGAAGAGAGGGUCAGCGACUUGACAACCAAUCUAGCAGAAGAGGAAGAAAAAGCUAAAAACCUCACAAAGCUGAAGAGCAAGCAUGAGUCCAUGAUCUCAGAACUAGAGGUGAAGCUGAAGAAAGAGGAGAAGAGCCGGCAAGAGCUGGAGAAACUAAAGAGGAAGCUGGAGGGUGAGGCCAGUGAUUACCACGAGCAGAUCGCGGACCUGCAGGCGCAGAUUGCGGAGCUCAAGAUGCAGCUAGCAAAGAAAGAGGAGGAGCUGCAAGCAGCCCUGGCCAGGCUUGAUGAAGAGAUUGCCCAGAAAAAUAAUGCCCUAAAGAAGAUUCGAGAGCUGGAGGGCCAUGUCUCAGACCUACAGGAGGACUUGGACUCAGAGCGAGCUGCCAGGAACAAGGCUGAGAAGCAGAAGCGAGACCUGGGGGAGGAGCUGGAAGCCCUGAAGACGGAGCUGGAGGAUACACUGGACAGCACAGCCACACAACAGGAGCUCCGAGCCAAGAGGGAACAGGAGGUGACAGUGCUGAAGAAGGCCCUGGAUGAGGAGACACGUUCGCAUGAGGCCCAGGUCCAGGAGAUGAGGCAGAAGCACACACAAGCUAUGGAGGAACUCACGGAGCAGCUGGAGCAGUUCAAAAGGGCCAAGGCAAAUCUAGACAAAAACAAGCAGACAUUGGAGAAAGAGAAUGCUGAGCUGGCCGGGGAGCUGCGUGUCCUGGGCCAGGCAAAGCAGGAGGUGGAGCACAAGAAGAAGAAGCUGGAGGUGCAACUGCAGGAGGUGCUAUCCAAGUGCAGCGACGGGGAGCGUGCCCGAGCAGAGCUCAAUGACAAGGUUCACAAGCUACAGAAUGAAGUGGAGAGUGUCACAAGCAUGCUCAAUGAUGCAGAGGGCAAGGCCAUCAAACUGGCCAAGGAUGUGGCGUCCCUCGGAUCCCAGCUUCAGGAUACUCAAGAGCUACUACAAGAAGAAACCCGGCAGAAACUCAAUGUGUCCACCAAGCUGCGUCAGUUGGAAGAUGAGAGGAACAGCCUCCAGGACCAGCUAGAUGAGGAGACGGAGGCCAAGCAAAACCUGGAACGCCACGUUUCCACCCUGAACAUUCAGCUCUCAGACUCUAAGAAGAAGCUGCAGGACUUUGCAAGCACCCUGGAGACCAUGGAGGAGGGGAAGAAGAGGUUGCAGAAGGAGAUGGAGGGUCUCAACCAGCAGUAUGAGGAAAAGGCCGCUGCCUAUGACAAACUGGAGAAGACUAAGAACAGGCUUCAGCAGGAGCUGGAUGACUUGGUCGUGGACUUGGACAACCAGCGGCAACUGGUAUCCAAUCUGGAGAAGAAGCAGAAGAAAUUUGAUCAGUUGUUAGCUGAGGAGAAGAACAUCUCUUCCAAGUAUGCGGAUGAGAGGGACCGAGCUGAAGCAGAGGCCAGAGAGAAGGAAACAAAGGCUUUGUCCCUAGCCCGGGCCCUGGAGGAGGCCUUGGAGGCCAAGGAGGAGCUGGAGAGGACCAACAAGAUGCUCAAAGCUGAGAUGGAAGACCUGGUCAGCUCCAAGGACGACGUGGGCAAGAACGUACAUGAACUAGAGAAGUCCAAGCGUGCCUUGGAGACCCAGAUGGAAGAGAUGAAAACCCAGCUGGAGGAGCUGGAGGAUGAGCUGCAGGCCACUGAGGAUGCCAAGUUGCGGCUGGAGGUCAACAUGCAGGCCCUCAAGGGCCAGUUUGAACGAGAUCUCCAGGCUCGAGAUGAACAGAAUGAGGAGAAGCGGAGGCAGCUACAGCGGCAGCUGCAUGAGUAUGAAACAGAACUGGAAGAUGAGCGGAAGCAGAGGGCUCUGGCAGCAGCAGCCAAGAAGAAGCUGGAAGGGGACCUGAAAGACCUGGAGCUCCAGGCUGACUCAGCCAUCAAAGGGAGGGAGGAAGCCAUCAAGCAGCUUCGGAAACUGCAGGCUCAGAUGAAGGACUUCCAGAGAGAGCUGGACGAUGCCCGUGCCUCCAGAGAUGAGAUCUUUGCUACCUCAAAGGAGAACGAGAAGAAAGCCAAGAGCCUGGAGGCAGACCUCAUGCAGCUCCAGGAGGACCUGGCAGCAGCUGAGAGAGCUCGUAAGCAAGCUGACCUAGAAAAGGAGGAACUGGCUGAGGAGCUGGCUAGCAGCCUGUCGGGAAGGAAUACUCUGCAGGAUGAGAAGCGUCGCCUGGAGACGAGGAUUGCACAGCUGGAGGAGGAGCUGGAGGAAGAGCAGGGCAACAUGGAAGCCAUGAGUGACAGGGUCCGCAAGGCCACUUUGCAGGCUGAGCAACUGAGCAAUGAGCUGGCCACAGAGCGCAGUGCCGCUCAGAAGAAUGAGAGUGCACGGCAGCAGUUGGAGCGCCAGAACAAGGAACUCCGGAGCAAGUUGCAGGAGGUAGAGGGCGCUGUCAAAGCCAAGCUCAAAUCUACUGUUGCAGCACUGGAGGCGAAGAUUGCACAGCUGGAGGAGCAGCUGGAGCAGGAGGCCAGAGAGAAACAGGCAGCUACCAAGUCACUGAAACAAAAGGACAAGAAGCUGAAGGAGGUCCUGCUGCAGGUGGAGGAUGAGCGCAAGAUGGCCGAACAGUAUAAGGAGCAGGCAGAGAAAGGAAACGCCAAGGUCAAGCAGCUCAAGAGGCAGCUGGAAGAGGCAGAGGAGGAGUCCCAGCGCAUCAAUGCCAACCGCAGGAAGCUGCAGAGGGAGCUAGAUGAAGCCACUGAGAGUAAUGAAGCCAUGGGCCGAGAGGUGAAUGCCCUCAAGAGCAAGCUCAGGCGAGGAAACGAGGCUUCAUUUGUUCCUUCCAGAAGGGCUGGAGGCCGCAGAGUUAUUGAAAACACAGAUGGUUCUGAAGAAGAAAUGGAUGCUCGGGACUCAGACUUCAAUGGAACCAAAGCCAAUGAAUAAAUUCAGAACUAUACACCAUGGCAGGGAAACAAAACACUGAAGACAGCAGAAUCUAGCGGACUAUGCUUAGCGUUCGGCUCCAUUCAUUCUCAAGUCGCAGACAUCACCUCACCCCUCACGACAGUCGGCCCACAGCCCACACAAAGGGUGUGAAUUCAUGUUUUAGGAUGUGCUAUCAAAGAAGAUGCAGGCCAGACCUUGCGCUGGGGCGGGGGGGGGGGGGAGUGACCUGUGCAGACAGGUUUUAGGAAAACAGCCCCAGUCACCAUCAACUGUGUUUACAUGAAAUGAGUAAGUUACCUAAUGGGUGCCACUGCCCCCAGUCCACUCCCAAAUCAUUCCCUGACCAACCAGUUGCUCCAGCUCGGGAAGGAAGCCCUUGUUUGAAAACUCCCUUCCCCUCCCUGGCUGCCACACCUCAGACACACAGAGUUCAUUCACCAAGACCAAGUGAACUACAAAGGAAACACUGCUCCAAGGGCUGAGUACUGAGAUUGCACUGUCUUACUUGCACCCAGGCUGUACCCAUGGACACUUUCACUAAUAAAACAUAAGU